AAGAAGGACGAUAUAGAAAGUAGAAAACCCAAUGAAAGCCGAAGGAGGGAAGUUUGUAUUGACUGACUUAUGGUCUUCUCUUCUCUUCUCCGUACAAUACAACAACGCGCUUAGUUCUACUUUCUUUCUUCUUCAUUAAGACUUCGGAGUGAAAAGAAAAGAAUAAGAACUUAGAUUGAAGAAAAUACAAAAUAAAAAAAAAAAAUGGAUUCGGAAUGGGAAACUCUUCAUACAAUCUUAACCAAAUCACUCACCAUCCUUUCCUGGCCUCCAAUUACUUUGCUUUGUCCUUUAUAUGUUUCUAUUCGGACGUUGGAGAGUGAUUGUCGUUCCAGUAAUCAACGUUGUCUUGUUUUUUGGGUUCUCUUUGCUUUCUCUAUGAUCAUUGAACGUGAAUUUGCAGUGUUAUUUAGUUGGCUCCCAUGGUGGUCUCAUGUGAAAGCCUUGGCAACUAUCCUCUUGUUAAUACCUUAUUUUGGUGCUGCGCCAUACAUCUACAAGCUCUUAAUUAAAUGCUACGGUACUGGGAACAUAUGUGCAUGGACAAUGACCAUCUUCAAUCUGAAAAUCACACAUUUUGAAUUGAGCGAGGAUGGAAACAUACUUUCUGAAUCGGAUACGGGCAUAAAAGCAUUUUUAGAAUCAGAUGAUAAUAGCAAAAGUGUUGAAGAAUCGGAUGAUAAUAGCAAAAGUGUUGAAGUCUCUGCCCAGACAAUUAUUACAACUCAUUUACAAGAGAAGAAACUUUUAGUAUAUCAGGGGAGAGAUGAUGUUAGAGCUGAUUGUGACAAGACAAGCAGCGGUUAUUAUAUAAGUAAAAAGAAAGUCCAGAAGGAAUGGAGUUGUGCUUUAUGUCAAAUUAGUACUACAAGUGAAAAUUGCUUAGGGUCACAUCUUCAAGGGAAGCAACACAAGGCUAAGGUAAAAGAACUUCGAGUCGGGUUACAUGCAAAGAAUAUACCGUAUGUUCUAUCAUUUACGCAGGAAAGAAUCAAAGGAAUGGUUCUACUUAAGAAUCUCAACCAAAUUGCAAACAUUUUGAAUCCAGUUUCUAGAUCCAUAAUAUGGUGUGAAUGGAAAAAGCCGGAAAUCGGAUGGACAAAACUAAAUACCGACGGUUCUGUAAAUAAAGAAACAGCUGGUUUUGGUGGUCUGCUUCGUGAUUAUCGGGGUGAACCAAUUUGCGCAUUUGUCUCGAAAGCUCCUCAAGGAGAUACUUUCUUGGUGGAACUUUGGGCUAUAUGGAGAGGCCUUGUUCUCUCUUUAGGUCUUGGCAUAAAAUCAAUAUGGGUAGAGUCAGACUCCAUGAGUGUUGUUAAGACAAUCAAUAAAAUGCAACAAUGUCCAAAAGCUGAAACCUGCGUGAAAAAAAUUUGGAAACUCUUGAGUAAGUUUGACGAGUCUCGGAUUUCUCACUCGUGGCGCGAAACUAAUAGAGCGGCAGAUCACCUUGCAAAGAUGGCUGUUUGUGGAAAUGAUGUGGUUUUGUGGCCUUCUGAUUUUUCACAUAGCCUCUGCAAUAUCAUUCAAGAUGAUGCCAGAGGAACAAAAUAUCUUAGACGGUGAGUUUGCAGUUACCAUCUGAAUGGAGUUGGUGGAGAAGAUUCAAAUCAACUACAGAAAACCAUAGGUAGAUAUUAAUGUUAUAGCUUCCAUUUAGUGGUUAAGUUGACAUGUUCAUUUUCAAUUUUAAUAGAAUUCUAGUUUGCAUUGUAAUUAUAGAUGACAGAUUAUUGUUUGUUUUCUUUUCCUUAUGAUAUCUCUAACUUAUUUGGCCUCUAAGAAGGUGAAGAAACAAAAGAAAUUGAACAUGGAGAUGGUGAUGGUGAUGGUGAUUAGUAGUACGUACAUUUGAUAUAAACAAUAAAAGUAUGUAUAUUUAAUACA